UAUUUAUGUUUGCUUGACUAUUUUUCUCAUUUUCUGCUUAUUUAUGCGAUUAUAAUUUCAGUGAUCGAUUCUACGUAAAUUUUUAUAAAUAGCUGAAAAGUGUUGCGCGAUAAUUAUCGCAUCGUGAUCUGCAGCGUUACAAUAAUGAAAAGGUGAUCCGAAUUUCCACUCCGUCCGCCGCCAUGAACACGGUAAACGUUGAAACACAUUCGUCCAAUUUCAAGAUAAACACUGAUUCGAAAACAACAGCCGAAGAUUUGAUCAUAGAAACAUGUAAAAAUUUAAAAAUCGGUCCCGUCGCUCGACAUUUAUUCGCUGUACGUAUCAAAGCUAAAUCGAUAUGGCUACACUUGAGCGCCAACAUCGAAGGAAUACCGUACAAAGAUUUCGAAUUCCGUAUGCGGUUCGCUGUUCCUGAUAUGAAUCGUUUACAAGAUAUCGACCCGAACGCUUAUAAUUUCUGUUACAAUCAAAUCAAAUAUGGUAUUCUACGUAACCAGUUCCCCAAACAGAUUUACAGAAAGUUUAAGAACGAAAUUUUCGGCCUAAGUGUGUUGAAUAUGUUUCUCGCUAUCAUCGAAGACGGUCUGUCCAAAGAAGACGUCAUUAACGACUAUCAAAAAUAUGUACCUCCGGUUGUUCUAAAACAGCAUCUUUUCUUCGUCAAGAAACCAUUGAUAAAGGCUUUGAACGAACUCGGACAGAAUAAGUCGAAUUACGAUGCGUUCUAUGUGAAAAGUGGUUACCUCGAUCAAUUCAAUAAAAUUGUUCCUAAUUAUCUAAAUGAAAGUUAUAGAGCUUUUGUUAACGGCGAAGAUAAACUAGAAGCGGUGCAAAUCACUGUUGACCCUUUUCACGAUGUUUAUCCUGGGAUUAGUAUGAAAUACGAUACUAGAGACGAAAUCGAACAUGUUUGCUCAAUUGACGAUUUAUGCUACUUAAAUAUACGUAAAGAAGGAACUAUUGAGAUAUCACGUAAAAAUGGAAUCCCAUUGUAUUUGCAAUUUCAUCCAAUAUCCGAAAUGAUGUCAUUCGUUUCGUUACUCGAUGGAUAUUACAGAUUAAUGGUGAAAUGGAUAUUUAAUCUUUGUCGUGAUAUACCAACUCCAUCUUUACUAAAAUUACAACCCUUAAAAUGUCACGGACCUAUUAGUGGCGAAUUCGCUUACCGUAAACUGGAGGAAAAACGUAGCAAUAAAAUUGGCUGUUUUAUUUUGAGGGAGAGUGAUCUAGAAUACGAUACGUACUUCAUCGACGUUUGUACCAAAGCGAGCACCAAACCAGUCACGUAUAAAAUCGAAAUGACCAAUAACAAGCAAUACAGACUGUGUAGUAGUAAAACCACCUACGCUUCUAUACCAGCUAUCAUCGCUGCUCAUAAAACCGAACAAGCAGAUUUUAUACUUCGCGAGUGCUUGCCACCGUCUGAAUUUGAUCAAUCGAAUUUAUUAAUAUGUCAGACUGAAAGAUGCGCCUAUGCUCAAAAAUCUCUCAGUAAGAAUGAGUUACCAAAGACCAUGCCGUUGUGUAUUGAUACGAGAACCUUGAUGUAUUUUAAAAAUAAACCCAAAGAAGGAAGAAAUCAAUUCACUACCGUUUACCGAGCUAUUUGGACAACCGAUAAUACGAAGAAAAACGUCGCCAUGAAAGUAUUAAGGGAAAGCUAUAAAGAUAAAUAUUUACAAGAAUUUCUUUCGUUAACCAAUCGUUGGGCUUUUGUUACCUCGAACGCAGUUGUUAAAUUUUUCGGACUUACGUUAUCGAAUCCCAUUUCAAUGGUCACCGAGUAUUUACCGAUGGGACAAUUAGACCAUUAUUUAGAAAACGCAGAUAGUCGUCUACCUAUCAAAGAAGUCGAUUUAGUCGAAGCUGCUACGUAUUUAGCAAACGCCUUGUGGUAUCUGGAAGAAGCUGGUUUCGUUCAUGGAAACAUCAGAUGUCGUAAAGUAUUAGUAUCCUCCCAUACGGAGAAUUCAUUCGCUGUUAAAUUAUCCGAUCCUGGAUUGCAUGAAAACUACACCGAUGCCGAUUUACACUGGAUCCCUCCAGAGCACCAAAAUAAUAACAUGAACGAAGCCCGAAACUCUGUAGCGGCCGAUGUUUGGGCUUUUGGAACGACCCUUUGGGAAAUUUUCAGCUACGGUAAAUCGCCUCCUUUGGCCGAACCCAGCGUUAUCAGAAAGUUUUACAAAAGCGGUAAAAUGCUUCCUCAGCCAAUUGGGUGUCCUGAUACCGUAUAUUACGUAAUGAAAGAAUGUUGGAACAACGAAACCGAUCAUCGUAAAAGACCACAGGCGGUUAUGCGUGAUAUUAAUCAGGUUCUUUAUCAAGUAUACAACGCACGACAACGUCAUUCGUAUACUACGAUCACUCCAUCUUUCGAUAGUCAGCAAGAUAAUGUUUCGAAUAAAUCAAAAGAAAGCGACGAUUUGAGUUCUAGUUUAUUCUCCGAGCUUACAGUGACCACGUUUGUAGACGACGGAGAAGAAAGAUGUUCGGCUGAUUUAUUCCAUAUGAAUGGUAAUACCACUUCCGAUUUGAUGUUCCCGAUGAAAAGCUCUCCGCAGACUUACAAACGAAUCGAGAACUCAUCCCGAACAAAUUCAGUGUUGUCGAUAUUUAGUCAAACCGAGUACAGUCUUGGAGAUAAUGCUAUUUCCAGCAUACAGAGUAUUUUUGAACUGGAUCGUGAAUGGCAGCUGAUUCUGAACGGACGUAUUGGAGAAGGAUUUCACGGUGAAGUAUUUAAAGGAAUGCUACAACAUUGGCAUGCUGAAGAAGACGCCCAGAAAGUUGCUGUAAAGAAAUUGAAAACGCACACUUUAACACGUGACAGACUCGCUGACUUCGAUAGAGAAAUUUCUAUCAUGAAGAAAUUGGAUCAUCCAAACAUAGUCAAGAUUAAAGGUAUUAUUAGAGAUCCAGAACUAUGUCUGGUUUUAGAAUACAUCGAUCACGGAUCAUUGCGGUGCUACUUAAAUAUAAAUCGUGAUCGAUUGGGUACCCUUCGUUUACUUAAAUUCGCUCUAGAUGUAGCUUUGGGUAUGGCUUACCUGAGCGAGAAGAAAAUCGUGCAUCGUGAUCUAGCUGCUCGCAAUAUUCUAGUAGUGAACGAUACCCACGUGAAAAUAUCGGAUUUCGGUCUGGCUCAGUUCAUCGGUAACAAUAAUUACUACCAGUUCAAAACCGAACGACAUUUGCCGAUAGAAUGGUACGCUCCGGAAUCAAUACAGUACGGUAAAUUCUCUCCUCAAUCGGACGUAUGGUCUUACGGUGUCACCUUAUACGAGAUGUUUACCCACGGAGAAGAUCCUCGAUUACCGAUCGAUCAACAGUCUGUUGAUGACAUGUUGAACGCCCUUAAAAACGAUAUUCGACUAGAGUGUCCACCUGACUGCCCUUCUCACGUGUAUUCCAACAUAAUGCGAGAAUGCUGGCAUUACGAAGCGGCUAAAAGGCCGACUUUUCAAACUCUUAGUAAAACGAUCGAAGAGCUUUUCCGUCCUGAUACCGAUGCACCAAAGUAAAGUCUAGGUAAUUUGUAGAAAAAUGUAUUUUUAUGGGUUUUAUUUCGUUAAUGUAUUUUGUAUUUGUAAAUUGUUUGUAAUCGAUUGGUUUCUUUGAGCUUAUUUGUUAAUUCGAGUUUUAAAAUGUGUAUUAUUGUGAACCGUGUGAAUUUGACGGUCAUGUGAUAGUAUUUUAGAUUAUAAUGGAUUUGAUACGUUGUUAUUUUUAUUGUAUCUUGCAGUCCCGUUACCCUACUUAUUUUCCCCUUUCUCAUCAUUGUAACAAAGUAGAUAAUACGUAGUGUUCUUGUUUGCCUGUAUGUCUCUCUCUCUCUGUACCCCUUUUGCGGCGUGUUUUAUGUAUCAAUAACAUGUGCAUUUUUGUGAGUGCCAUUUUUAUAUAAUUUCGUUGAAAAUUGUGUGUUUUUAUUUUAAAUUAAAAAAAUUGAAAAAAUA